GUACGUCAGAACCACACUAGCGUAACUCCAAAUUUUUCGAUAUUCUGGUUUUGAGCAUUCUGUAUAUAUUUUUUUCUGCUUUAUAAAGCCAUAACAAUGUAACUCCUUAAAAAAAAACCUAGCAGGAAAUAGGAGUGUUUGAAAUAGCUUAAUUCCAAAGGGAUGUAAGAACCAGAACAGCGUAAGGUCACUUAAUAUGUUAUGGUCCUCACAAAAAUUUAAAAAGUACAGAGCGUAACUCCAGCUGGGGAGUUACGCUACUCUGGCUCAACUUUAUUGUUGCUAGAAUGGUUGAUACAAACAGCUGUUUUAUUUUCUAGAGUAGUUGUGCAUGUCUCAGCUGAUUGGUCGAAUGUGAAAUUUACAUGAAUUGAUGCCCUAACCUAAACUUAUAGUUUCAUCAACAUGAGCAGCAGAGCGAAACUUAUUUUACAAUUAGCUUUGGAGGACAAUGUAAAUAAUUCUCAGCAAUUACUAUUAUUACCAGAACAAACUACUAAAGAAAACAAUGAAACAAACGUCUUAAGCUUGUCUUCGAAAGACACAAAUCCUGCACCCUCAUUGACAUCAUUACAGGUAAGCCUGGUUAAAUUAUACUUAUACAAUUACUUGUGUUGCAAACCAAUUUUUUUACUGUUAUAACUCUUAGCCCUCAUUUUUUUCUAACAACUGGUAUUAUUCUUUUGUUAAACCUCUGGGUCCCAAAACUUGUUAAAAACUCUCCAGCAACUUCAUCCCUACCACUUAUAGGGUUAAAACACUUAUUGGUAAUCAAAUUGGUAUAGAUUGAUAAAUCUGUUUACAAUACUGGUGUGAGUUACUUUCAAGUGGCUGAGCCUAUCCGUACAAAAUUAAAUUAUAAGCAUACCACAACAAUAAUUAUACUAUUAGCCUAUUUUCACUGAAGGUCGUAAAAAUACAAUAAAUUUAUAUUUUGCAGGCAGUUGAUCCGUUUGUUCUUCUCAACAAUGAAAAUGAAUAUAUAAUGGAAGUCGAAUCAGAAAGUAAUAAAGAAUUCGCUACUGAUGAAAAUAUUGUUUGGAAUGAUGGUAUUACCAACCAGGAUUUUCAGUCAUAUGAUAUCUCCUUUUCAUCGCAAGGCCUAGUUGCUGAAGAAGAGGAUAGUCUUCAAGAAUUGGCUGUCUCUGGUAAUGCAGAUAUCCCAUCACCAGGAACUUCUGUUUUGUCAUCUAACGUAGAUGACACUGAUAUUGAUAGCACAUACUGUCCUCGUUUCAACUCAGAGUCAGAACUAUCUACUGAUGAGUCUAUAGUGAGUAUUCCUAGAGUUGCUUCAAAGGUUUCAAGUGACAGUACUUCUUAUGUGAGGAGGAGCCAAAAGAUAGCUCAAGACAAAAUUCUACUGGUUCCUUACACUGAUUCGGACACGGAGGAAGAAGCAAACAAAACCAAUCCUAAUGUAAAAAAGGAAAGAAGAGGGUGA